AGGAACCGCCUACAGCCCAGUCUGGCAGAGCGCAGUUGCAAGGAAAGACAAAUGAAAAGAUAAAGAGCACCGGAGCAUCCCCCAGGGAAGCACCCCGCCGGCAAACGAGAAGAUCUACUCCGAGUAGAACUGCUCCCGGUCGAGAAACCAAGCCGGGGCGGCCAUCUACGAGCAGUGUUGCACCUGAGCCAGAUAUGAUUGAGUAA